AUGAACAGCCCAGACAAAAGUGAACUGUGCUAUCCUGACUUCUUCAAUUUGUCUUGUACAGGUUUGAUGCGCCCUCGCUCUGAGACUGUCCUCCUCUAUGCACUAUUCUCGUUCAUCUCCGUGUUCACUGUUACUCUUAACCUGCUGGUAAUAAUCUCAAUUUCUUACUUCAGACAGCUCCACACCCCCACCAAUGUCCUCCUGCUCUCUUUAGCUAUUUCAGACCUCCUUGUGGGGCUGCUGGUGAUGCCGGUGGAAACACUGCGAUUCAUAGAACCAUGUUGGCUGCUGGGUGAUAUCAUGUGUGCUCUCUCUUAUAUCAUUGGCUUCACUCUCACCUCUGCCUCAGUGGGAAACAUGGUGCUCAUAUCUAUUGAUCGCUAUGUAGCUAUUUGUUUUCCUCUGCAUUACCCUACUACAAUCACUUACAUCAGAGCAGAGGUGUCAGUGAGCCUGUGCUGGGCCUGCGCCCUCCUCUAUAACGGGCUCAUCUUAAAGGACCAUCUCAGGCAGCCAGACAGAUACAACUCCUGCUAUGGAGAGUGUUUGGUUGUGAUCAGUGUCAUUUCUGGAACUGUUGACCUUGUAUUCACUUUUAUUGUACCCUGCUCAGUCAUCCUCAUUCUGUACAUGAGAAUAUUUGUUGUGGCUGUGUCUCAGGCUCAUGCUGUGCAGCCUCGCUUUAGAACAGCUGCAGCCAGUACAGCGAAAUUCACUGCAAAGAAAUCUGAGAAAAAAGCUGCCAGGACUCUUGGUAUUGUGAUAUUUGUGUUCUUGCUGACUUUCUGCCCAUAUUACUAUCCAUCUCUAGCAGGACAGGAUACCUCAAACAGUGCUUCAUCUUGGGCUAUUGUGUCCUGGCUGCUGUAUUUCAACUCUUGUUUGAACCCACUGAUAUAUGCUUUUUUCUACCCCUGGUUUAGAAGAGCUAUCUCUUUUAUUGUCACCCUGAAGAUACUAGAUGGGGACUCCUCUAAUGCUAACAUACUUUAGCAUCACAAUGACAUUUUAUGUGUGUGAAGAAAAUGUUUUAAUAUUUAAA